GCGGACGCUCCAACUGGGGUGGAACAUCGUUCGGUAGGGCUGUCCCCCUCACCUGGUUGCCAACGUCUUCAAUCAUGGUGGCAUAGGUACACACAGGUGGGUGGCUGUGGACGUUGUUUUUCGUGUUGGAAGAGCGUCAUGGAGGGCUGCGAUUGCGAUGUCCGUGUUGUGCUGUCGACGAGGGAGAAGACAGUUAUCGCGGCGGCUGCGGUUGCCGUUGUCCGUCGUUUCCAAUUGGAGAGGGCGGCCGGGCGCAUGAAGGCAGCACUUUUGAGGCGGCGGCAGAGGCGUCUGCUGCAGAGGGUGUUGGACGCCCCGCACUGCAUCACCACUUCGGAGGCCGUGGUUCAGCUGUGUGUUGCAAUCGGGUGCGGUUUGCUUCCUCGGGCGAUGCCACGUUGGCGGAUGAGGCGGAGAACUGGCCGGACUUGGGAGGAUUUGCAGGUGUGCGAUGACGCGACAGACGACUACUUUCUUGAAAAGCUCCGCAUGUCAAGGAGAGUGUUCAUGGAGAUCAGCGAAGCCUGCGCCUUAUUUGCAACGACAGGGACAAGAUAUCGUGGCCGACUCGGUUGCGGAAACACGUCGUGCUACGGAAAAUUUUUGGAGAAGGGCUUUCCCAACUGGCAUGGCGCAGUUGACUGCACACACAUCUACGUGGACAAACCGGCGAACGCGCCGAGCGAGAACUACUUCGACCACAAGCACCAUUUCUCCGUCAUUGCGCAGGUGGUGGUGGACCUGGAUCUGCGCGAGCUUGACGUGUUCGUUGGAUAUCCGGGGAACUGCCACGGCAUUAGGGUGAUCCAGCUGUCAAGUCUGUCGAGGCGAGCGGAAGAGGGACUGUUGGUUCGAGGGCCGCCUGUCAUGCUGUCGGAAGGGGUGAGGACGAACGAAUACAUCUUGGGCGACAACGGGUAUCCUCCUUCUAAAUGGGUAAUGGUGCCAUACGGAGGAAUCAAUCAGCACCCGGACGAGGAAAGGUUCGACACGAAGCAAAAGGUCGCAAGAGGGGCUGUGGAGAGGGCGUUCGGGAGGUUGAAGGGGAUGUGGAGGCUCUUCCUUCGGACGCACAAGACGAACCUCGACACUCUACCGCAGCAGUUCACGCCAGUCUGCAGUCUCCACAACAUCCUGCUCGAUGCCAGUAUCGAAUUCGACGAGGAUUCGUUGUGGGAGGUCGACGAGAACGGGGUGAGCCGUCGUGUGGACGUGGGGAUUCAUCGUCCCCCGCAGCCAGUGACGAUGUUGACUUCGACGCACGCGGCUCACGCGCUCCGCAAUGUGCUGGCGGAGCAAAUGAAACACAUGUGAUCCUGCCUGCCGCUUGCCUGUUUGUCCCCUUCAAUUCGUGUUUCGCCAUCGUCGAUCGACAGCCCCUGCGUC